AUGGACAUUCUUCAUACCCCUCUACCGCCUAAGUUGUCCACAUGGAUGGUAGAAAAAGACCCCAAAACGCCCCAAAAAUCCUUCAAGCAGGAAAAUGGAUCCCAGGUGACUGCGUUAAGAUCGAGACUGCUGCAUUACAAAUUCAGGCUUUCGCUUAUCUCCGAGACAACGAUUUUAGACGAAGCCAAGAAAUCAUUAGACAAAAUUUGCAACGCUUUGCAGCAAAUUGAAGAAUUUUUGAAGAAAGAGGCUCCUGGAAGCCAGAAUCGAAAAGAAGACCACGAAGAAAUCCCGAGCGAUCUGGAUACACUGAAACGCCUGCAAAUCGCACAACUACAAUCAAGCAUUGACGAAGCAAGCAACCAGCAAAAGGCACUACAGAAGGAGCUCCAACAAGCCUUACAAAGUGGACAGAAUCCUCAGCAGUCAUCAGAACAGGAGCAAGGCAUUCCGACUGCACAGCAGCGGCAUCAUUUUAACGAGCAACAACAGAAGCCGAAUCUGGUGAAUCAACAGCAGCGACAAUUCUUGCCACGAACAUCUAGACCCAACACACCAAGAUCUAAUCAACAGGGAAAUAUCAGUCGUUUCUCACAACCAGUGCACAAGUGGCCCUUCGAAUACGCAGGGGAGAACAACAUUGUGAAGUUGGGAGAGUUUCUGAACCAAGUCAACACCUACGCCGUGACGGAAGGCAUGAAUGACCACGAUUUGCUUCGGUCGAUCAAACAUUUGCUGAAAGGGCGCGCUCUUCAGUGGUACACACGAUCUUAUCUAGACCUCACAACUUGGGAGAUUUUUAAGGCGGAGAUCAAGCAGGAGUUCUUGCCCCCAAACUAUUCGGAGAUUGUUAAACAAGAUUUGUAUUUGCGGUUCCAAAGUCCAAACGAACCUUUUACAAAUUUUUAUAGAGACUUGGUGGCGGCUUUCGAAAUCAUAGAACCGGCAAUAUCAGAAUCCGAGCUAGGAUAGGAUAAACUCUUUAUUUUAAAAUCUCAUCUGAAUUCGGAUUUCUCACCAAUCGCAGCAGCCUCACGAUCCAAUAGUGUAAGGGACCUCGUUACAGUAUGCAAGGAUUUUGAAGUGUCGCGAUCCUAUUCGACGCGCGGACGAGCUUCAACAAGCACUCGAGCGCUAGUCGCUCGUCCGGAACAAACUAUAUUCCAACGGCCAGUCAUGAACAGGAUGGAUAGUGCGAAUCGGCCUCUGCUGAAUAGACAGCCGUUUGGAGCACCUCAGGUCAAUAUGAUGGAACUUAAUCAAGAUGCGGAAGAAGAACUGGAUCCAAUGCCAAUCCUCGAUAGUAUAGUGAUCAGUAUCCCCGCCUGUCACGCGGGAGACCGGGGUUCAAUUCCUCGUCGGGGAGCCAUAUUACAAUAA